AUGGCGUCAACACAAGCUCCUGCGUCGUCUGCGCCAUCCUCGAAUAUCAACUCCCCUCUCCUCCCACCCGGCAAUGGCCCCCUCCUCAGUGGCGCACUAUCAGAAUUAAACAGCCGAGCUUCUCCAGCUCCUGCCAGCAACGCAUCAGUACAGGGUGCAGACGCACGUGCAAAGCGCAACAAACGGGACAGUCGCAAAAAACGGGAAGCCAAAGGCUUAGAUCCCGAGGGCGCGCCUCCACCAAAGAAACGGACAACGGCGACAAGUACUGCGCGGGCAAGUUCAGAGCUUUCGAUCUUGCGCCCGUUGCUACUCGCCGAGCCUCGUGUCUCUGAUCGAUUACCUCCACAACCACGCCAAUUCAACCUUGUGACUACCAAAUCUUCGCAGGUGCUGGGCCAGACGUGGGACUUCUACGAGGUCGUUGAUAAACUCACCAACAAGAACGGCUUCCGCUAUAGUUAUGCCAUUAGCGACCCUGGCUUCCCACAUAUCAAAUAUCGGCAGACGGACGUGGAACCAUACCACGCGCGAUUCAGCUUUGAAGACUCCCCCGCGGCGAUCUUUUUCUCACAGGAUGCACGGGCUGUAACGACGAGCGACGCAUGGCAUACUUCACGCGCAAAUAUUUGUGCUCGGGAGGGAUCAUAUUACUACGAGGCCCGAGUCAUCAGUGGUCGCGUGAACGACAGGCAGGAAGCUCCCCAAAAGGGCGGCGCUAGUGCAUCCCCACGUGGCCAUGUCCGGCUGGGAUUCGCUCGUCGCGAGGCAGAUCUCGACGUCAAUGUGGGGGUUGAUUGCUACGGCUACGGUAUUCGGGACGUGAACGGGGAAGUUGUCAAUCGCAUGCGUUGCGAAUUCUUCUUCCCCAAGGGCGAGGGUAUCAACGAAGGCGAUGUCAUCGGCAUGCUUAUCACCCUACCGUCCCUCUCUCUGCACAAGAAAAUCGUCGAGGGAACCUACGACCCGGCCGUGGAUGGUGAUGGAUCCAAGCCAGUCCCCGAAUCUAAACCCGUCGCUACCAAUAUCAUCCGAGACCGUAUCCCCUUUCACUACAAAUCCGACUUUUGUUGGCAACAAUCCAACGUCUUCUCCACGAAACAUCUCCGCGAUUAUGCCUUUAACCUCAAAGAGACUCCUACUUUUGGACCGCCUUCCCCCAUGAACAGCGAAGACCCGACCCUUCGCACAUUACCUGGCUCCUGUAUCACGAUUUUCAAAAAUGGCGUCAAGAUGGGCACGCCCUUCAAAGAGCUCUACGCAUUUCUCCCACCGGCAAGCCGUCUUGCCAACGGGACCAACAACCUCGGCAUUGGAGAACGCGAGAAUGCCGACGAUGGCAUGAUCGGGUACUACCCAGCCGUCAGCUGCUACGGCGGCGGCGCGGUUGAGUGUCGUUUCGAAGGCCCAUGGUGGGUAGGGCCCCCUGAGCAAGACGAGCUCGGUCAUCCGGUCCGGCCCAUGGGUGAACGCUUCAACGAUCAGAUCGUCGAGGAUGUCGUCGCCGACAUUGUAGACGAGGUCGAAGCCAUGUUCACCUGGGGUGGGAUCGAUGGCGAUGUCAUUGGCAAUGAGAAUACAGAACUAGACGGUGCUGCACCUGCUGCGAUCAAUGGCUCGGAGAUUCUACAGAAUGGGGUGGGUGCAUCGCUUGCAACGCCUGCUACCGGUGGCGGAUCCGAUUCGGUUGCGAAUAGUAAUCGCGCCACGCCAGCGGCGCUUCCCUUGGCUGAGGAUGCAAUGAGUGUUGGCACUGCCGGGACACCUGUUCAUGUCGGGGAAGCUUCCGUGGCGGGAGGGGAUGAGGAUGUUGAAAUGACAUGA